AGAAUUCCAGUCGAUGGCGUCAAGCGUUUGUGAAGUAGUAACAAAAUCGGCGUUCUUGAAAUCGAGAAAAAAGGAUGCCGGCUUCUUGAUAGGAGUCACAACUUCAGAGAUUUCUAGCGAAAGCAGCAGUUCCGGGUGGUGAGGAACAAGCUUAACCAGAGGCGCAGGUGCCAGUUCAAUCGUAGCCAAUUGGGAUCCGUCGUUAACAAAACAGAGAUCGAGCAAGCGAGCAUUCUCAUUCUAGACGCUGUUAAUUUGUCGGAGAGUUGCUGUGCUGAGUGAGUCGAGGAUCAAACUAGAGGGCGUAGAAAAUGAAGAUCUCGCUGGAUCAGCAAACAAAAAACCGCACUGGGAGAAACACCAUUUAAGUCCGGGCAGGUUGAAGUCGCCAAUAAUAAGAAUGUCGUCCUCGGGAACAGUAAGGGAACACAACCGGGAAAGGCCGCGGGAAAACGACUCUACGAAGACCGCGCUUUUGGCUCGAUCAGGAGGUAGGUAUAAAACCCCAACGAAGAGCUUUCGAGUACCCAGAUCGACACCGGAUCGUCGUUCACUGGAACGGAAAAAUCCAUCACGGAGGGGAAGGUCGACGAAAGUUGAAUACUUGCCUGUCAGUGCAGGCUGGAGAACCUCAUCGCCGCAAUCGAACUCAGGGCCGGGACGACUGAUGCCGCUGGCUGAAAUCAGCGCGACUGAGUCGAAGGGCUCCGAGGUCUCCGUAAAGCCUGGCUCGUUGCGUCCCGGUGAAGAAGCCCGUGAAGAAGCGAGGAAUUGAGGAUGCUCAUGAAAGUCCAGAUGAUGUAGGUCGGCGUGGCUGGAAUCGGAAAUUUCAUCACGCAAUGGGAAGGUUCGAACACGAAAAAUGUACUUGCCUGCAAAUUUAGCAGGGAGUCUAAGUUUUUUUGCCCCUGGAGUUAGACACCACCAUCAACAUUCCUUCGAAUACACACAAGUGUGGGUAAUAAAAAAAGAGUUCCCCUGGCGGCGGCGCCAAACACAGAACGUCGUUUUCCUUCCAUCCGUCCGGCAGCAAUCAACAGGCAACGAUCCCCACGCUCUAGAAGGAGCAGGAGCAACAAGAAAAAUUAGCAACGGUCCAUUUCCCUCGAUGGGCACCAUUUUUUCUCGUCGCAUCUUUUCAUCGUCGUCGCCAUCAACAUUAGUCCUAGUGACAGUCGGACAUCGAGACCAGACCGGACCAGACCAUCAGCCAACUGGUUAACCGGUGUUUUUAUUCUCUCCCUCUUCUUCUGUUUUUCUUGUCUGGGUCUGCCUCCUUUUCCGUCUGUCUCGGUCCUUCCUCAAUCUACAAACGCCAGUCUAAGGGCUCGUAUUCCUCUAUAACAAAUUAGAAUAAGGACCAAAAGUAUGCUAACGAAAAGGACUCUCACGACGGUCGUCUGUAUCCUUGGCCUAGUGGCCAUCGGAGAAAUCGUGGCUGAAGGAGGCGUUGUAGUUAGUGGAACUGGUCUGGGAGCAUCGAGGCCAGGAUGCGGGAAUGGCGAUGGCAACAGCCAUGCCGGGGCAGCAACAAGUGUCUCCAAUUACGUUGCCCAUAAAGGCGGAGGCGGAAGCAACAGUGCUAGUGUCGACCAGAAUGGCACCAAUUUAACGCUACCAUCUUCGAUAACUCCAUUAGCGUUAAUGUCCAAGCAUGGUGGCGGCACUUCCGGUGGAGGGAAACAUCAAGAGCAGGACGUAUCACCGGUAACGCUGUCCACGGAAUGGCCCCGGUUGGCCAGGUUGCUGCUCAUGGCCAGCCUGUCCGUGAUCGGCAGUGUCGGUAAUGUCUUCAUGAUAUCUUCGGUAAUGAUCGAAGACCAUCUCAAAAAAGCAGGUAACGCAUUCAUAGUGAACAUAGCGCUCGCCGACUUACUGAUCACUAGCGUAGUGAUGCCAGCAUCCACGAUAGUGCUUCUCGCUGGCAUCGACAAUUCGGACACCGAAGUAUGCAAAUUUCAGUGGUUCCUAGCGGCUUGGUCGUUCUUGGUUAGCAUACUGACUCUAGCAAUAAUGUCCAUUGAAAAUUACCUGCGACUGUGCAAAGCUCAGAACGAGCACAGCUGGUUUAACCGGACCAACGUGACCGUCAUCCUGUUGCUGAUCUGGAUUCUCACCUGUAUCUGUUCAGGACUGCAGUUCAUUUACGACAUCGACUUCGAUUACUGCGACAAGAAGUCGAACCACAUGAUUCCGCUGGAGGCGGGCUGGAUCGGGCUGAUGAUCCUGCUUCCACUGCUGCUGGCCUUCCUGACGCAUAUCCGCAUCAUCGUGGACGUCAAGCGCAACAUGAGUCUACCGAACUUUAAACCGAACCUUGCGUACACCUGGGAUCUGUCUCUGGCGCGGACCAACUUCUACAGCUUCCUGGUGUUUGUGCUGUUCUGGUUGCCAUUCUGCAUCAUCUUGGCGUACGGGACGGCCAAGAGCGUGCCAAAUCGGGUGUUCUACAACACGGCUUGGAUCGGCCUGUCCAAGUCAUGCUUCCACAAUGUGAUCUACUGUGCGACCAAUCGACACUUCCGGAGCGCUUACCUCAGCCUGUUCAACUAUUGCUGCUGCAAAACGACGGUAGCCGUGUCCAGGCGUCAACGGGCCGACGGAUGCCGUCCGACGGCCGAUGUCCGGGUUCACAUCAUUCCCGGGUACAACAUGAAGUCGUACACCAGCCCACAGCGCGCCGGAAAUAGCCACGGCCACUGGGGAAAGCGUGAGUGGCACGAAUUAUGAUCGGAAACGUAGCUAAAUUAAUCGGAAGCAGUCCGGUACGAUUUCGAUUAAUUUACGGCAAUUCCACCUGUUGUCGGACAAACGGACACUCGACGCGAAAACUGCUCUCUGGAAUUGGAUGCAGCAUCAUGUUGUAAUCAUAUUAACGACCAGUUGCGUUGGCUAUCGAUUGUAGUACGUACUUUGGAAAUCCCUCGGUGAAUGUAUGUAGAUGUGCAAAAUAAUGUUCCGUCAUUCUCACAUGUAGACAAAUUUACUUUCGAGAUGAGCUAUUGGAUAAAUUUGAAAGUCAUGCGGUAUUUUUUUUUAAUUUCGAUUAUUGUAGAUUUGAGUUCAGUUCAAGACUGUUUUGAAUUAUAACGAAUAGGUUUAUCAAAGCGAUUUGUUAUAAUGAAUAAAAAAAAAUUACACCGACAUUGUAAUCAGUUAUUCAACUCGUUGAAAAAAAAAAGCAAGUAUCGCAUCUCUUCUGCGUAUUUGAACGAUUCAAAUUCGACCAAUUUUAAUGAAUUAACAGUCUUGUAAAGUUCCCUUCAAAGUGACCAUACUAUGAAGCGAGGAUAGUAUACAAAGAAAAACAAGGUAGAAAAUAAUCCAUGGGAAAAGGAUUCAACAAACGAAUCUGUGUAUCGAUGUUGCAUACAUAUUAUUGACGAUGUUAACCGAGUCACGAGAACGCCCGAGCGAGAGUUUAAACAUGUGUCUAUGAAAUAUUGAUUGGCUGUUCCAAACAAACUAAACGUGCGUCUUAUAUUUGUCACUUUUUGUGGAUAAUUGUUGGGAAGUUAUGUACGUUGCAUAGACAUUUUUUCGAAUUGUUUUUUUUUUAUUUGGUUAAGUCUAUUUUUAUCCUUUUCUUCUUUCUUAGCUAUCAAUUCAUCUUUUUUUUAUUCAAUAGUGACGGGGGCAAAUAUUUUCCAAAUACAUCAACAGAGGUUUGAUACUUGUUGAACUUUUAAGGUAUUUUUUAUGGUGAUUACACUUCUGUUGCAGUUGCUUUUUCCGGCAGCUGAUAUCGACAAGUUUUGCUCGAUGCUGCUAUUCAAUGCUGUUGUUUCGAAAGUUCCUAGGAAAAAAUAAUCAAAAGAUGUUCUAGACUUCUCGAUCGAUUUUUUUUCCUGAAUAGUGCGUUGGAUAGGGGAGAGAGAAUUGUUCUUUUUGAUGAAUACCAUAACUUCUGUCGAGUCACGUGAGGUGAGACAGUCACUCCGAGACACCCAACGUUUAUCUGUACUCAAGGCUUGCUUAGGAAUUGUUUAUGUUGGAAUGACUGUGUCACUUGCUCAGUAGCCGAUAACUUGCUGUUAAGUCGCUUUUGGUUUAAACAUUUCUUUCUAUAGAAAUUUGCUUAUUUUUAUCAAACGGGGAUAAGCAAAAGAUAAAUUCCGUUUUUUCUGCAGAACUAGGUACUCCCAAUUGAUUGAAAUGUAAUAUUCCAAAAAUAAUUUCUAUAAACAAUUGAAAAAAAAAUAGUAGUAGACAGUAGAACUCUGAACAUGGGAUUAGUUUUCAAUGAUUUGACAUCAGUUCUGAAUAAAGAUCAUACCUACUCUUGAAUAGCCUUAUCCAAUCAUUUCAAAUUCAUUCAUCCUAUAAUCAUUAGGAUUGGUGGACUUUUUUCUAGCAAUUUAAGCAUUUACCUAUUGUGGUUUUUACAGGGACGAGUGCAAAAAUAUGGUCAAAAUCGAUAUAUUGCAGCAGUUUUGUUUAUCAUCAGAUUACAUUUUCCUAACUUAACUUGACUUAGCUUCUCUUAAAUUAAAAUUCCAUUAAAGCAGAUCAGCAAAAGCGAAAACAUAACCAGAAAACUACAGAUAAGCACAGUUUAGUGGAAAAGUGACUUACUACUUUUCUUUACUUUGGUACUUGCAAGAUAAAUGUGCUCAGGAGAUUAUAGUAUAGUUUUGAAUAAUUUAUUAUUCUAUCAAAUUGAGCAAAAACGUGUUGUUAACUCUCAAAUACUGGCAAAAAUUGAACCAUAUAGAAGUCCUACAUUUGUUUUGAAAAUUAACGGAUAAGGCUUUCCUCAUUUUAGUAAGCGAUUUUAGAUUUUUCAUCGGCAUGACUUAAAGUUGCCGGAAAUUUUGUUCUGAGUUUUUGAAAAACGAAACAAUAGUCGAAUCAGUAUCACUGCAAUAUUCAUAAAUUUUGAUUUGAUAAUGCCAAAUGAUUAUCCAUGUGUUAAAAUUUGUCUGGUGAAAAUUUCAAUUUUUUUCUUUAAGGUACACCGGGGCAAGUGCAAACGGUUUUCUCCAUAGUUCAACUUUCACAUGUCCUAGAAAAAUAUGUAUAUGUUCAAAAAUUAUCAAUUAUCGUUCGUUGCAUCACUAAAAUAGUUCUCAACAAAUUCCCGUUGAAAGUGAAAAAUAAAAAAAUGUUAGUAAAAAGUAACGGUGCUUUUGUGAAAAAAUUUCAAAAUUUGCACUUGCCCCCAUAAACGGGGCAAACGCAAUACUUUUUCCAAACUAAUUCACAGAUGAGUCAGUGUAUCGUUCCUAAAAUCAUUUGAAUACAUGUUCCGGUACGUUUUAUCAACUUUUAUUAAUAUAUUUGCUGUUUUCUUGCAAUAUUGAUAACUUUUUGGAACUCGAUUUUUGGUGACUGUUGUUUUAAACAAAAGACCUUCAUUUACUAAAGCAUUACGGAACUUUGAACAUCCGCUUCAGAUACAACACUUUGGAUACCCCUUCUGACCAUUUUAAUAUAAUGCUGAACCAUUUUGGUGAUGAAUUUUCUGAAAUGGCUGAUGUUACAUGGCUUAAAGGUGCGUUUGCACUUACCCCGGUAGUGUCGUUUGCACUUGCCCCGCAGUGUGGGUUAACAAGAGCGAAUAUGAUUUUCACAACUUUCGGGGUGUACUUAAAAUUUAUCAUAAAUUUUCUGCUUUCACUUGAAUAUCGGUCUCAAACACUCACCUAUUAACGAAAAUGCGGAUUUGAAUGCCCUUUUUUGUAGCCAAAAUAUGCAAAACAAAAACACACUGUUCAUGUCUAGUACGUACUUGAAUUCGUGUGUGAUCAAACAGUGCCGUGUUUUUAGUGAAAAAUUUAAAGAAAGUUUAGUUUAUCUAUGUCAGAUUGUUUUUUUUUUGGGUCUAAACAGCAAUUUCUAGAAGAAGAAAUAUUUUCUACUUUUUUUGUAACAGAGAAAAGUUGAAUGUUUGCACUUACCCCGAGUUUGCACUUGCCCCGGUGUACCUUAUACUUUUUUUAUAUAACGAAGACUACAUUUUUUCGAAAAAUUUAUAGAAAACGAGUAAAAAAAAAACUUUGAGGCACAUAUUCUUAAAAAAGGCCUUUUGAACUGAGGGCUUCGGCUCUGAGGGGUUAAUUUGUUGUUCCGUUAUUUGACUCAAAAAACUUAAGGCAGUUUCCUGUGACACUAUUUCUAUAAAUUUCAUUAAAAAGGCAUAUCAAAAAACAACAAAAAACCUAUUAAACUUUUCAGAUUUCAAAUAAAUACCAAAUAAAUUCGUUUAGUUUUCCGUUUUUUAAUUUGUUCCAUCCAAAAUUUAGAUGUCCUGUUUUUUUUAUAAAUGAAGUUUUAUUUCUAAAUUCCUCUUCUUUAAUGAUUAUUAUCAAUUGAUUUCCGCAAAGUAGUAACAAGUGUUAUUUUAAGUGCGAUCCGCUGACAAGACAAUUCCAAUUGUUGUUGUUUAAAAAGGUUGCUCAACCCUAAUUCAAAUCAUUCGUCAAUAUUUUGGUUUAGAAGCAAGCGAUAUAGCAAAAGCUUAUACAAGGAUAACACUUAAAAACCAAUCAAGAUUUAUCAUGACAGAAUAGCUGGUUUUACAAAGGUUUUUCUUUAACCCAAAUUUGCAUUUGGAAUGUAUUGGCCUAUUUUGGGGAAAAUAUAACACCAAGCGCAACAGCUUUAUCCUCAAAUUUACGAAAACAAAUCACGUAUAUUAUACAGAAUAAAAAAGUAUCGCGUGUGCGCUCCUCAAUUGCGGAAUUCAAGAUGACAAACUUUCAAUAUUACAUACAUGUCAAUCACUCGUGACGUCAAUUCAGUUGACAUUUAACUGCCAGCUGGAUGAACCCAGUGCUAUACUAAUACUAGAGUGACCAGUUGUACCGGUUUCGGAAUCCUUGAGGCACUCUGCGAGAGCUAGUAGAACGCCUGAUGAUAUGAUGGGAUGAAGCUGAAUCGUAUGCAGAUUCAUAGUCCGCAGGUGUUAUUGAUGAAUUGGCCGAAUAUUCGGCGCCGAAUAGCACCAAAAAAACAUUAAGACGAAUAUUCGGCUCACCGAAUAGUUGAGCUAAGUAUUCGGCCGAAUAGACCGAAUAUUUUCAAAAUUCAUACAAUAACCGAUUUGUCAAUAUUUUCCACUGAUGUUGUAUAAUUUGUAAAAUAUCCAAACGUAAAUGUAAAUCGUACUGAAGAGUGUUGAAAAGUAUCACUUUCUACUUUUAUUAUCGUUUAUUCCAGAUUUUUUGGAUAAAUUGGGCUUGCCGAUAAAUUAAAAACAGCAAAGCCAAAUCUGUACAAGAUGCUUACAUAUUGUUGAAAACGUCCCGGAUUUUGCCCGGGUUCGUACACAUUAUUUGCUAAAUCAAAUAAAAAAACUAAAAUUCUUAUUUGAAAAUGUUUGUAUUUGAAAUGAACAUCAAUUUUUUUAUCCUUAGAUACAAUUUGAAUGCUGCUGAAAAUAAAAAUGAAAAAUUUGAAACAUUUGUUUUUUUCGCUUCCUCGAGUAUGUUUCAAAAAAUAACUAUAUGUAUUUUGUUCAGAUUUGCCCUAAUUUUCCUGAAUUAAAAAAAUCGGCCAUUUUAACUACUAUUUUGAGGAUAUCUUGCUACAAUUCUACCCCUAAUCAAAUACGAUAUCAAAUAAACAAUUUCAAAUUGUAUGGCAGCUGUUUCAGCAUGGUUUGUCCCAGAUGUUACUGGAAAUAUUUUCUUUUUGAUAGACGCCCUAAAAGCGAAAAUUAGCACAUUCGGUUUCAGAGAAGAAACAAAAAUGAUAUUAAUUUUUCAGAACAAAAUAUUCAAUUUUCUCAUAUUUACAAACAUAAAAGUCCAAAUUUACUCAUGAAAAUGUUACUAAAAAUUCUGUAAAAAAAUGGAUGAGUUUUGCACCAAAACGAAGCUUUUAAGACCUCAAGGUUUGAGAAAUUCAAUAAAACCUCAAAUCAAUCACUCUUGACGUCAAUCCAGUUGACAUCCAACUGUCAGACUUGCGUCCUUCAUUUUUCUUUCCAACGUAAUCUCUGUUACAUAGAACAUGCAAUUCAGGGAUAACUACGGCCAGGCCAACCAUGUGGUAAAUAACGCAAAAGAUUCUGGAACAAGUGGAGGAAUGAAUCGUGGAGGUCGCUAAAAAACACUUCAUAUGGAUUACUUAUAUAUCUACAACAUAAUUUGAAAAUUGCUACACUAAUAUACUACACUGUGUAUUAUAAAAUAUCACCAAAUAACCUUUAGUUGUUUUCUACUAGAGACUUCUUCCUCUGGUCCGAAACGACUGUCGUUAGAUUUCUUCUGUAAAUACUCCCCCAAGCAGGUUUCAGCAUCCUGAAGCAAAGCACAAACUACUCCGGGCACUUCCGCCAGGCUCUUUUUAAAUCAUUUUCCGCUGUUAAGAUUUAAAGUUAUUAGUUUUACUUAAAUAUGAUUAAAAAAAUUUAUGGACGAAAACAAAAAGCGUGCAUCGCCCAAAAGUCAUGGCUUACUUCGCUUUUGAUAAAAAAAAAAUCAUUUAUAGAAUAACCAAUUCGGCUUACCUUAACCCCGAAAAUUUUCAAUUUCCAAUCACAUCCGUUUAAAAAUGUUUCAAUUAACGAGCGAUUACUGCACAUAUACAGUAUCGUUCAUUAUUGUAUAGAAAUUGGAAGCACGCGAACUGUCACUUUAACCUUGAACUUCCAUAACUUGUUACUCUGAUGAUAUUUUUUGAUCAAAUUUUCUGCGUAAGAUAGAUCAACUAUCACACUAUUAUAUGACUAAAUUUGAGCUUUCUGAAGUUUAAGUGUCCUGAGAUACAGUAAUUCUACGAAAAUCGGACUUUUGGACUUUUAUGAUUCAAACUGCAAUAUCUCAGAAACUACGCUACGCUUUUCAUUGAAAUUUGCAGAGUGAUUGUUGAAAUAUAAAGCUAACAUAUCUGAAGUUUUCGGAAAGUUCUACCGAUGGGAUGAAAAGUUACGCGAAGUACAAUAUUUCAAGCAUGAACCUCAAAAUGCGCUUUCUAUAGAAUUUCGGACGAAUCAUGAGAACAAUUCCCCUUGCCAUUAACAAUUCAAUCAAAAAAUGUCUGACAAAAGCAAUUAAGAAAAGAAAAAAUUGCAUCAAUGAUUGUGUUUUGAAAUCAAAAUCUCACGAUGUUGUUUUGAGGUUUUGAUUGAAACAGAUUCAAUGGUUGUUGAACUUAAAAUUUGAUUUCCCCAUGGAAACAUUGGUCCAAAAUGAUAUACAAAUCGCAUUUUGUGGUUCAUGCCUUAAAUAUUGUGCCUCGCGUAACUUUUGAUCCCAUCGAUAGAACUUCUCCAAAACUUCAGCUAUGCUAACUUUAUAUUUCAACAAUCACUCUGCAAAAUUUCAAUAAAAAGGGAAGCGUAGUUCCUGAGAUAUCGAUUAAUGGACAAAUAACUAUUAUGAAAAUGGACUGGAAGUCUCUGGAGCCACCGGUAUAAAUCAUGUAAACUGGUGUAGUGUUCAGUAAGCAGACUUCCGAUGAGUAGGUCUUAUCCCAGUCGACAAAGGACAAAUGAACUUCGCAGGCGAAAUAUUGUACCUAAUUGUCUUAAUGGAACAGGUCUGCCUUUUGCGCACCUAACCGGACGUGUGUCGUGUCAUUUUAAUUGUUUUACAAGAAACCUCACAGCCAACUUUAACUUUGCACUUAAAUUUAAAUGUUAACUCAUCGUUCUUAAAUUAUAGAUUUUUAAAGCUGCUGUCACUAAUUGAUUAUUCUGAAUCGGCCUUUCGGUGGACUAGACAAAUUGGCUUAAGAGGCGCAGAAUUGUAUGGCUGUUGCUGUUAAUUGUUUGUUUUUCGAUCGGCCUUCCGGUAGUAGAACAGAUGUUUAAGGCUGUUGCUAUAUCUUAUGUGGAUGGUUUCGGGAGGAAAUCGAAUAAAAUUCGUCGUAUUAAGGUUUUAUUGAUUUUGGAGAAGAGAAAGAAUGUGUAGUGAAGAAGAAAAUUUUAUUUUAUUUUAUUUACUUGAAUAGGGGUUUAACCAGGAUUUAGUGUUGAAAUAAGGCAUGACAGGAAUGUAGAUAGAAGUUUAAAAAUGGUUUUAAAAAUUUUGAGUUUUUAUUGGCCGUGUGAAAAAUAUUUGUAAUGUUCUCUUCAGAAUCCCCUGUAGUUGGACCUUUUAGACUAAUAACUGUUUUAUGGAUAUUUUAAUGCAGAAUACAUAACUUGAUAUUGCUUCAUAAAGAUUUUUAUAGCGUUCUUUAAAUUUCCAGUAGAACUAAGAAAUUUAUUUUGGUAGCUGUGUACAUAUCUUGAGGAAAAUCUAUGUUAUAACCAUGUAGUUUUUUUUUCUUCAGAAAACGGUUAACAGCUAUUGGAACCUUACAAAUCCUUAACAAAACUUCGGUUUUUAUGAUGAAACUAAAAAGAGUUUGAGGACCAAACGUGGCACACAUGAACAUUUUGAUACUUAUCCAAAUAACUUUAAAAAAAAAGUGGUGUUCAAGAAAGAAAAGUAAGACAUAACGAAAUGAUUCAUUACAUCGCCCUCGCUUUCAAACGGGGGGUUCCCAAAUAAAAUUAAUGUAAAGUAGGUACAAUUCAGAAAAAUUUCAUGAGAUUUUUCCAAAAAAAAAAAAUAACAAGAAUGUUUUGAAAUGGCAACAUGUUUUAUUGUACUGAAUGGCCCCUUUCUAGAGGACUUCGCUAUGAAUUCAGAGUAAAAUACGACACAAAUCAAACAAUUUUAAAGUGAUUUUUAUCAAACAAGGUACACUAGCCCAGUUUAACAGGUCACCUUGCAUUUGUGUCGAUUUACGAUGCGUUUUAAUUAUCAUUUUUAUAAGGGAUUUUCAAUUAUCUUGUCCAAGGCUAAGGAAAAACUUUUAUUUUAUUUUGACUCCGAUCUCUUAUUUCCAUUUUUGAGGUAUGUAUAAUAACGCUGACUAAAACUGAUCUUUUCAUUCCAUCACAAUUCCAUUGUUUUUUUAUAUAGUUUGAUAAACUAAUUUUUCCAGCAUUGUCGACAAAUAAAAUGUGACAACUUAUUAUCCCACAAUAUGAUCUGAGUAUGAAAUGCAAAUCACAACAAAUGACAUGUAAGUUUAUCAGCGCAAAGACUAAACAAAAUAGAAUGCCUGUAAAACCAAAAUCGGUCAAGUGAAUUCUCUACAGAAUCAUCACCAUUACCAGUCUUAUAAAAGGAGAGAAACAGUCUACAAUAAACCAAUCCUAAAGAAGAUGUCUUAUCAAAACAUAACAAUAGCUAUUCAGCGACAAAGAUGACGAUAUUUUUAGGAUGUUCGAAAAUUGUCUAAACCAAAUAAAAGCGAUUUUUUAGGGAAUACAAAUUCGCAAACCCGCUUCCAGAGAAUAGAUGGAAACAAAAAUGUAGAUAAACGGGAUAACAACGCUUAUGUAAAUAUUAAAAUCGAAGCACGAAAAAAGUAGGGAAACUGUGAAAAAUAAACAUCUAAUCUCUCUCUACUAUGACUGUUUAGAUAUAAGUCCACAAGUCCAAAUAGACAACUAGGAACAAGUAAUAGUGGUGAAAAAAGUAAUAUUUCAUGAACAGAAGAAAAAUGGCACCUUAUAAAUCCUAUUGACGUUGUAUGAAACACACCGAUGGCAGGAAAUGUUAUUUCAGUAUUCUAUAAGGGGGCAUCCAUAAAUUACGUAACGCUCCUAGGGGGGGGAGGGAGUAAG